AUAGGCAAUGAGAUGGAAUGAAAUAAAAUAUUAAAUGAAAUAAUACAAUAAUCAAGUAGACAAUCUGGAAAUGGAAACAAUAUACAAAUAUUAAGUAAUGAAGUGAGAAUGAGUAUAGUUUGUUUUGUUUUAUAGAUAACCAUAGGGGUUUGAUCAUCAAGUAGUUGCUGGUUUUGUUUUGGCGGGUCACAAAUGAAAACCAUGCUAAAGUAAAGGAAUUGGAAAAUUAUUUUCUUAUUUUCACAUUUGGAGAAAAAAAAGUCAUGACAAUAAAUGCUACAGACUGGAAAUGACUUACACUUGUGUUCAAUUCUUAUAACCAGUUUUUGAUUGGUGCAUUUUAAAUCACGCCCCUUUCCUUUUAACUUGUCUGUGAUUGGUCUAUUACCACGUCUGUCAGGUAAAACUCAGCUCUGUUAGGACUGUGCCCUUCAGUUGUGUAGUUUCUGCACAGCACAUGGUUCUACUUGGCCUUGGCUUUCAGUGGACUGCACUUGAGCGAAUUUCAUCUUUUUCAAAGUCUCUUCAACGGUUGAAAGGUCUUUCUUCUUUGUGUGUACUGGACUUCAUCAGCAGAACCAGCGGAUAAUUCUAGUGGAUUGAAUUUCCAGGCACGUCACAAAGUUACAGAGGAACAGGAAUUGGUUUAAAUUAUUUUGUCCAUUUAAUACAACUAUUUUCUGGUGUAUAUUUUACUGUUUCUUUGUGAGUUUUUGAAUUUCUAUAGGUCAGGUGAAGAUGCCUCGCCUGAAGAAACACAACCGUUCCAUCGCGGCCAAGAAGAGCAUGGAGGAACGCCUGGCAGCAGUGGUGGCAUCUGCGCCUCUGGUCCCCACCACUUGCUUCCCACCACCAACACAUGGUCCCUUAUGUCGUGGUACUGGUCGUCGACACCGUGUGAGCACCUGGCCAGUUUCACCCCUGACUGGCAGGAGUCACAAGAUGAUCAUCCCAGUUGAGUCACCUGACAAGAAGUUUGUUCUUUUUGUCGGUGAUUCCCACCUGCGCGCCAUUGUUGAUGGCCAUGUGAAGAUUUCCCACAAGCUGCUUUCUUUUGGUCUCAUGUCAACGCCAGGGGCUGACGCCAAGGACCUGAGGACUGAGAUGGUGAGUGCAGUCCUUCCCAGGACACCUGACCUUGUUUGUGUUCUUGCACCCAGCAACAACUUGACCAGGGGGACUUUGGAUCAGGCUGCAGUGGACUUUGAGGAGCUUCUCACCAGUGCCUUGUCUCGGUGGCCGAAGCUGUUUGUCCUGGACUUCCCUCCACGCCGAAACGUGGAUCAGGACCUGCAGGAACUUUUUCGCCAAGAGUUUCACCGUGUGGCUGCACGCAAGGGUGUGAGGUACUACUCUAUCGCAGAGUUCUUUCCUCUCAGCCAGCGUGACCUGUGGUGUUGGGAUGGGGUUCACCUGAGUGAUGGAUCUGGGAUGAGGACACUGGUGACAUUGCUAUGCGACAAAUCCAGUCAGGAGCUAGAGAUGGCUGUUGCACAGGAGGAGUCGCGUAGCAUGUUGCCAGUUGUUCCCGCUCCUGCUCCUCGUCCGGCUCCGAGGUUGGUUGUGGUUGGAGAGGUUCGCUCUCCACGUCUGUUGCACAACCCAUUGGAUUGGAAGGUGGUUGAACCACGCAGGACGGGGAGCAGCUCACCCCCUAAGGGAGUGAAAGUUCAGCUCAGGGAUUUUUCCAUCCCUCUCACUCCUGUCUGGUUCAGCCCACCAAUGUUGGAGAUGAUGGACAGUGUCCGUCCGGGCAAUCUUGAUCGGAAGGAGCCCAGUACUUCUGCCAAGGGACCAACGGGGGUCAAGCGUCCUAGGAGCCCUUUUGCUCCAAAGAAGAGCUGUGGGAAACAGAAGGUGAAGGUGGAGGAGUGGCCUGAACUUCCCAAGGCUGUGACAGUGGAGGUGGGGGAUUGGCCUGGAGUGCCCAAGACUGUGGAGGAGGUCCCUGUGGAGCGUCCCCGCAGACGCAUUGUCUUCAAGAAGAGGCGUACUUCUCAGCAGGGUGCAGCUGCAGAUGUUGUGGAGGUGAUAAGUGGACCAUCACCUGUGACCAUUGAAGACUGUCCCCCUCUGCACAGCUCCCCAGACCUCAUCCAAAGUGUUGGCAUUGCCUAAAGGAGGACAAAAUGGCGUUCAUGGACCGGUAACAUGUGUUCCAGCAAAUAUUGUAGAAACAAACAAUUUGCUUCCUCGUUCCAAUAUGGAGGGGUCAUUGUUGCGUGUUAAACUGAAACGUAAGUUAACCUACAAAGGACAUUAUGAAUAUCAGUUUGUUGACACAAUGCAUGUACGGCAGGCUUUGUUGUAUUUGAAACAGAAUAACAUGUACUAUAAAGAUGUAGAUUUUAAUGAAGAGUGGCUGAAUGAGUUUUGUCGGGAACAAGAGAAUGACAGUGCAUU